CAUCACUCUCAUGUAAGUAAAACAUGGUUUGUAGAGAUGAAUCAGAGAUCAUCACAGAACUGGGAAAUGUUCCUGAUGCUUCAGCCAGAAGUGUCGCCCUGAAGAGUUACACUGACCCUGCAGGGACUGGGGGAAAUCUGUUCCGGCUUGUUUUCCUGAGCUUUGGACUCUUGUGUAUCCUUCAAGCUUCUCUCAACAUUUCACUGCGUCUCACUCUCUAUAAGACAGUCGACACUGAGGCCAUUUUAAGGAACGUGACUGAAGAGAGAGACGAGUUAAAGAGGAUGCUGGCUGUCUUAGGAUGGAUGUAUUUCAGCGAUAGUUUAUAUUACAUUUCCUCAUCGACGAAAUCCUGGCAGGACAGCAGAAGUGACUGUCAGCAGAGAGACGCAGACCUGCUGAUCAUCAACAGCAUAGAAGAGCAGGAAUUCACAAGACGUUUCCAAAAGCCCAUCUGGAUUGGACUGACUGACCGAGACACAGAGGGAGUGUGGAAAUGGGUGGAUGGGAGUCCGCUGACCACAAGCUACUGGGCCGCCGGUGAGCCUAACAAUGCAGGAGGCGAAGACUGUGGAGAAAUAAAGGUUGAAAUAAAGAAAAAAAACGAGAGCUGGAAUGAUGUACCGUGUAACAACACUCUAUUCUGGAUCUGUGAAAAGACGCUGGCUCCGUAACUCACCAAACUCUAAAGACAACAAGUGAAACAUUGAUUAUGGCCGAGCUGCAAGUAAAGUGCCUCAGUACCAUAGAAAAAAAAAAAAAAGCUUUCGCAAAUGCAUAUAUCACUUCUUUGACCGCUGAGAAUCAUGAGUAUCAUAAUUAUUAUGAGAAUUCAUGUUAUUUCUACUCAGUACCCGCCAGCUGUCAUCAGAAGAAUACUUUAAAAACAGUAUAUCAAUGUACCCAUCAAUUUAAGUUGCUAUGUUCAGCUAUAUAGUUCUAAGUUUGUGUGUUUUUGUUUGUUUAUCUUUUUCGCUUGUUACUGCACAUUUUUGCUUUCCAUAAGAGACUGAUCUGAUCUAAGAACCAGGCUGAUAUAAAUCCUUCUCCUAAUUUAACAAUUUGGUGAAAAUAUUACUUGUUACACUGCUGGAAAAGAAAAGGUUUUCUGUAGCAACUGUAUAAAAUCCUGUACGCAGUGUGAUGCUUAUCCAGCAUAAAUAAACACAUACUGAUGAGUAUGAUUAUAAAGCUGUUGUCUUUUUUAUAAAUUCUCCAUUUUCAUUUACAUGAAAUUCCCCCAGAAGAUUAAUUUUAAUGUUGGUGCUCCGUGAUGAUGGUGACACCAUCGAGACAAAAUAUGAGACCGCACUCGACAGAAACAACAACAGCAUUGGUCAUUU